UUGUGCGCAGAAUGUUCUCAGUAUAAAACGAAGAUAUAGUAAAUAUUUGGUACUACAUUAAAUUUUAAAUAUAUGAAGUUCGACAAACUGGGUAGAAUGUAUUGUGAUUUCCGUUUCUACUGUGUGGGGAUCACAGGCUUAAAUGGGAUUUGCCUUGGUUUUACUGUCUCUUUAAGGCAGCGAUACUGUGUGUCUGAUUAAUUCAAUGUAACGCGAUGCGUUAGAGGGAGAAACCUAUUUUCUGCUGUUGCGGUUGAUGUAGCCUAGAAGACAAGGGUUGAUCAAGAAGGGGAAAAAGACUUUGGGGAUUUUCAUCUAAAUGAACACCAGCUUUAACGUCAUUCAAACAAAGAUAUAUAUACAAACUAUUUAGUAUGUAUUCUAAUUAGCUGGAUGAAGUGCUAAGAUUUAUAGGUGCGGGCAGAAGACGUGUAUUUCUACUUAUUGUAGAGGAGUGUUUUUGGAGUCAUUGUCAUCAUCUCUAACGACAUGUCGGAGAAGCACGGUCUGGAUGAGUCAGGGAGGCAGCAAAUGAACCAGAUGCUGCCCCCUCCCUACAUCCCUGCCCAGGACCCUAACAUGCCCCCACAGGCACCCCAGAACCCCGGCUGUGGCCCCCAGCCCAACUACCCCCCUCCUCCACCUCCACCGGGCUCCGAGGGCUACCUCCAGGAGACCCAGUUCCACUGCGGGACUCUGGGCCACUCUCGGGCUCCUAACGGCUACCCCGUGCAGACACAUGGCCCGGGAGGAACCGUCCCACACCCCCCAGUGGGCUACCUGCACCCUGGAUACCCGCUCCAGCUACAGCCAUGCACAGCCUAUGUACCGGUCUACCCCAUCGGGACAUCGGGGCAGCCCUACAUGCCUAACGGAGGGCCCCACCCUGGCGUGGCUCCUGGGCAGAUGGCCAUGCAGAUGCCCACUGGCAUCGCUUUGAUGGAGACCCGGCGCCCGCCUCAUGAUUACCUGCCCAUCGCUGUCCUCACCACCGUCUGUUGCUUCUGGCCUACAGGAAUCAUAGCCAUCAUCAAAGCCAUGCAGCAUUGACACCCCCCAGUUGCUUGCUCUAUGGUUACUGCAGAGAUUGCCUCCCGAGAGGCGCGGAACUUCUCCUUCAUCAGUCUGGCGGUGGGCAUUGCCUCCAUCGUGCUUUGCACCAUCCUAACAGUGGUGGUCAUCAUCGCUUCCCAGCAUCACGCAGUCUUAGGUCUGGCGGUGGGCAUUGCCUCCAUCGUGCUUUGCACCAUCCUAACAGUGGUGGUCAUCAUCGCUUCCCAGCAUCACGAGGACGAUUGGGAACCCUAG